UUUUUCUGAUUUCUUCUGUGGCACCUGCCAUUGUUGCUUGAAUUAAUCCAGUUCGGGAUCAUGACGAAGAGAGAAUUCAAGCCUCUGGGUUUUUCUCUUCUUGUCUUAUUUUCGAUUCUUCAUGUCCUGAUCAAUGCACAAGAAGUAGAGAACGAAAGGGAGUUUGAGUACGCGGAAAAAAGUGAGAAGGGGCCGAGUAAGUGGGGGAAGAUGAAGAAGGAAUGGAGCGCAUGCAAUCAGGGCAAAAUGCAGUCCCCAAUAGAUUUGACCAAUCGGAGAAUCCCAGGAUUAUGGCUGUCCGAUUCCCACAACAAAGAUCUGAGAAAUUACACUUACAGACCUUCCAAUGCAACUCUCACUAAUCGAGGUCACGACAUACAAAUCCGGUGGUCCGGCGACGGCGGUUCAUUGGCCAUCAACACAACAGAGUACCGUCUCCGGUACGCGCACUGGCACGCGCCGUCGGAGCACACCAUCAAUGGCAGAAGGUACGAUUUGGAGCUGCAUUUGGUGCACUUGACCCCUGCCGGCAAUAAGAUUGCAGUUGUCGGAGUUUUGUACAAGAUCGGCAAACCCGACCUCUUUCUCUCCAAGUUAAUGUCGAACAUAUCUUCGAUGAUCGAUAAGAAGGGUGGAGAGAGGAACGUGGGAGUGAUUGAUCCAAAUGUGAUCGACAUAAGAAGCGAUAGGUAUUACAGAUACAUGGGAUCACUCACCAUCCCUCCUUGCACCGAAGGAGUCGUCUGGACCAUCAACAAGAAGGUCAAGACUGUUUCAAAGGACCAAGUGAAGUUGCUCAGAGAUGCUGUCCACGACUAUGCAGAGGCAAAUGCAAGGCCAUUGCAGCCACACAACAGUCGGGGAGUGUACCUCUACGGACCAGAUAUUACCAACUGAUUUGAUCUGUUUAUGUACUCUACAGUCUUUGAUCACAGUUCGGACAAUACAAUACAAUACAGUUUUUAUUAUAAAGGAAUCAUCUUAUUCAACAACAUUCAAAAGUUAUUAUUACACAGUGAACCCAAAUAAUACAACAUCACAAGGUAAAAAGUUCGAACACCUGCUGCAGGUAGGAAA